GGAAAAUAUCCUAUCCCUGAAGAUGCCUGGUACACAGAUGGGUCCAGCAAGGGCAACCCGAGCAAGUGGAGAGCAAUAGCAUACCAUCCUUCCACCGAGACAAUCUGGUUCGAUGAGGGGGAUGGUCAGAGCAGCCAAUGGGCAGAACUGCGAGCCGUGUGGAUGGUUAUAACCAAGGAACCCGGUGAUGGUAUCCUGAACAUCUGCACAGAUAGUUGGGCUGUGUACCGGGGGCUCACUCUCUGGAUUGCACAGUGGGUCACCCAGGAAUGGACUAUCCACGCCCGACCGAUCUGGGGCAAAGACAUGUGGUUAGAUAUAUGGAAUACGGUCAAACACAGGACUGUACGUGUCUACCAUGUUUCUGGUCAUCAGCCCCUACAGUCACCGGGAAACGAUGAAGCCGACACAUUGGCCCGAGUUCGAUGGAUUGAGAAUUCACCAUCUGAGAACAUCGCCUGCUUGUUACAUCAGAAGCUACGGCAUGCUGGACAAAAGACAAUGUGGGCAGCUGCUAAAGCAUGGGGACUGCCCAUACAACUAUCUGAUAUCGUCCAGGCAUGCCAGGAUUGUGACGCCUGCUCCAAGAUGAGACCGAGAUCGUUGCCCGAAACAACAGCCCAUCUUGCUAGGGGACACAAUCCUCUCCAGCGAUGGCAGGUCGAUUACAUCGGGCCCCUUCCUCGUUCCGAAGGGGCAAGAUAUGCCCUGACCUGUGUCGACACUGCAAGUGGGCUACUGCAGGCCUAUCCAGUACCGAAAGCAAACCAGGCAUAUACCAUCAAGGCACUCACUAAACUGAUGUCUGCCUACGGGACACCUCAAGUCAUCGAGAGCGACCAAGGGACUCAUUUUACUGGUGCAACGAUACAGCGCUGGGCAGAAGAAAAUAACAUCGAAUGGCGAUUCCACCUGCCAUAUAAUCCAACAGGGGCAGGCCUCAUCGAACGUUAUAACGGUAUUCUUAAGGCUGCCCUGAAGACAGACUCCCAGUCCUUGCAGGGGUGGACAAAAAGACUGUAUGAAACCCUGCGGGACCUGAAUGAAAGACCUCGAGAUGGCAGACCCAGUGCCCUGAGAAUGUUGCAGACGACAUGGGCCACCCCGCUUAGGAUCCAAAUUACGGGCACUGAUCAUCAGGUAAGACCCCAAAUUGGUAAUGAAAAUAAUCUUCUGCUCCCUGCCCCUGAAAACUUAGAGCCAGGUACCCAUAAAAUAAAAUGGCCCUGGAAGGUGCAGGUAGGACCCAAGUGGUGUGGCCUACUUGCACCUUGGGGGAGACUAUUGGAGGUGGGAGGCUCAGUAGUCCCUCCAGUAAUAGGUACAUGGCCUACUGAUAUUAUGGUCAACACUCCGAUCUUUAUUGCUAAAGGGACCCCCAUCAUGUCCCUAUGGCAGAUCAGGACACCUCCUUUGGUGCCUGAUAUCGUUAUGCAGCCGCAGAUAUCCGGCAAAAAGGUGUGGUACAGGCGGCCAGGACGUGCCCCAGUACAAGCGGAAGUGUUGACCCAAGACAGAAAUACGGCCUGUAUCUUGCCCUGGAGAGCAGACCUUCCCCUCCUGGUACCUGUAAAACAUCUGUAUUACUCCCCGUGAGUCUGUGAGCCUUCAGGACCACCGGAAGGAACAAAAUGCCAUCAAGCGUUCCAGUGUUGCUGUCAGAUCACGUACAACACCCGGUGAUGGUCUGCAUGGGACUGAUGGAACAUAGAAUGGACUUGCACCUCAGGACCUCAUGCCUCCAGGCACAUCAUCGAGCACUGGCCCAUAGAAGAGUAUGGACAUCCACUAAUCAUCACUUGUCUUGAACUGUACCAACAUACGUCGCGAUAAAAUUGUAUAAGCGUCGCGAUAUUCCGGAUCUCUGUAUUAGGGAAAGCUUACCCUUUUGUUAACCUGAUCAUUGGUUCAUGCCGUGAAGGGGUGGAGUGUAUGGGAACUGCUGAGUCACGGCCUGAACCUCUGAUUGAUCACCUGAGGUGAGCCAUGAGUCAGCCAGAGGAGCACAGGUGAAGGCAAUUCACCUGUGCUGCCGGAAGGGGGGGAGCCAGGCUCCACCCCUCCUGGACCUAUUUAAGAGCUGGCUACCAGAGGGGAAGGAUCUCUUCUGGAGAUCCUCCUCUUUGGUAUCUUCUAGUGAGCUCAACCCAAGGGACAACAGCGUGGUGGUGAAGGCUGUGAGCUUGGAGUGCAAGAGGGAGCAAAUGCUGUGUCCCGAGACCAAGGAAACAGAGUGCAAGACAACCAUGUGCAGCCAUAGGCACCAUUCCAGACAAGUGAUGAACCUAGCGAAAGGAAGUCUGCAUCAAGAGGCAUUUGGAAAACUAAAUUCAGGCAAAAAGUAAUCAGAAAAAGAAGCCACACAUCAUAUGCUCAAGAAAACAGAAUCAGGCUAUUCAUCAAGUAGUAGACGAGGCCUCUGGUUGCUUUAGACAAAGCAUGACA